UGCUCUUGUAACUCUACAUACGGGUUGAUGACAGGUAAAGCUUCUAAUUACACCUCUCUGGACGAGCAUCCUCUGGUCUGUCCCGCCAUUCACUGUUACGACUAAGGGGAUUCAAGCUCAGGUAAAAUGGAUAACGGGCAAUCAGGUGCUAGCAACGCCCAAGCCACUUCACCCCUACAGCCCCUGAGUACUGGCACCACUAAAGCAAUCACCGCCCCAACACCAGUGAACACCAGCUUCACCAGAACACCCACCACCAGCCCAACACAGCAGAACAUUAGCCUCAUCCCAAUACAGCUCCCUGCCUUCCAGAACAUCAGCCUUGGCAUAUCACAGCACCCUGCCCUCCAGAAAAUCAGCCUCAGUACAGCACGAAAGAGUCUGCAACAGAGCGUCAGUCUCAGUGCAGCCUUACAGCACAUCCAGCAGAGCACCAGCCUCAGCUCAAAACUGCAACACAUCCAGAAGAACACUGGUCUUGGCACAGCAGAGCAAGGCGCCCAACAGAAAGUCACUUCCAGCACAACACAACAGCGCUUUCAAGAGAAUGUUAGUCUUAGUACAACACAGCAGCGUGUCAAACAGAACACCAGCCUCAGCACAGCACUGCAACACAUCCAGCAAAACACUGUUCUUGGUACAGCAGAACAGGGCACCCAACAGAAUGUCACUUCCAGCACAACAAAACAGCGCUUCCAACAGAAUGUCAACCUUAGUACACCACAGCAGCGUGUCAAACAGAACACCAGCCUCAGCACAACACAGCAGAGCAUCCAAAAGAACAUUAGUCUUGGCAAAGAAGAGCAGGGUGCCCAACAGAAUAUCGCUGGUAGUACAACACAACAGCGCUUCCAACAGAAUGUCAACCUUAGUACACCACAGCAGCGUGUCAAACAGAACACCAGCCUCAGCACAACACAGCAGCAUACCCAGCAAAACGUUGAUGUUGGCACAGCUGCGCAGGGCGCCCAACAAAAUGUCACUUCCAGCACAACAAAACAGCGCUUCCAACAGAAUGUCAACCUUAGUACACCACAGCAGCGUGUCAAACAGAACACGAGCCUCAGCACAACACAGCAGAGUGUCCAAAAGAACACUGUUCUUGGCACAGCAGAGCAGAGCGCCAAACAGAAUAUCACUUCCAGCACAACACAACAGCACUUCCAAGAGAAUGUCAGUCUUAGAACAUCCCAGCAGCAGGUCAAACAGAACACCAGCCUCAGCACAGCACUGCAACACAUCCAACAAAAAAAUGGUCUUGGCACAGCAGAGCAGGGCACCCAACAGAAUGUCACUUCCAGCACAACACAACUGCGCUUCCAACAGAAUGUCAGUAUUAGUACACCACAGCAGCGUGUCAAACAAAACACCAGCCUCAGCACAACACAGCAGAGCGUCCAAAAGAACAUUGGUCUUGGGACAGCACAACAGGACACCCAACAAAAUGUUACUUCCAGCACAACACAACAGCGCUUCCAACAGAAUGUCAGUCUUAGAGCAUCACAGCAGCAGGUCAAACAAAAUAUCAGCCUCAGCACAACACAGCAGAGCAUCCAACAGAACAUUGGUCUUGGGACAGCACAACAGGACACCCAACAAAAUGUUACUUCCAGCACAACACAACAGCGCUUCCAACAGAAUGUCAGUCUUAGAGCAUCACAGCAGCAGGUCAAACAAAAUAUCAGCCUCAGCACAACAGAGCAGAGCAUCCAACAGAACAUUGGUCUUGCCAUAGCAGAGCAGAGUGCCCGACAGGACAUCAGCCUCCGCACAAUACAGCAACGCUUCCAACAGAACACUGGUCUUGACACAACAGAGCAGAGUGCUCGACAAGACAUCAGCCUCCGCACAACACAGCAGCCCUUGCAACAGAACAUUGGUCUUGGCACAGCAGAGCAGAAUGCCCGACAGGAUAUCGGCCCCCUCACAACACAGCAGGGCAUCCUAUUGAACAUCAGUUUUGGCACUGCAGAGCCGAGAGGCCAACAAAAUGUCACUUCCAGCACACCACAACAGUGCUUCCAACAGAAUGUGAAUAUUAGAACAUCACAGCAGCAUGGCCAACAAAACAUCAGCCUCGACAUAAUGCAGCAGAGUAUCCACCAAGACACUGGUCUUGGCACUGCAGAGCAGCCUGGCCUACUGGACAUCAGCCUCAGGACAAUACACCCCUAAGUAAGUCCAUCAGCAAAUCCACAAUCAGCACCUCAGCCUCAAUAAAAUGCAGCAGUGGCCAUUGAGCACUUUGAGAAGAACCUAAGCAACAACAAACACCACCAUCCAAGGGUCAUCACUCAUCAAUACCUCUAUGUCCCAGGGCCAGCCGCCUAGAAGGUGAAAACACUGUCACAAACUAUUUGAGUCCAAUACCAACAGCAGCAGCAGCAAGGGAAUGCCAAAGGAACACCAGUGAAGUACAGUGCCCUCGCAUCCAAUGUGUGUUUGUCCAGAUCAUAUCAUGUCCAAUGUGGCAUUUUGUGGACAAGUAUUUUUUUUUUUUAAAUUACUGUAACACAUUUAAAAUAGUCCAACGCACAACAAACCCCAGCCAACAAGUGGCCCAAAUUCAAAGAGAUUUCUGGCGCACUGCACCUUUCGCUCUCAGCCAAUCAGCCAGAAGUAUGGGACAUGAUGCCAGCCAGUAAAAUGAGCGAGGACAGUCAUGUGAUGCGCAAAGCUGCAUUUUUUGCUUAGAUCUGAGCCACUUGGGUGGACUAGUCUGCCUGCCCCUAUGCCAUGUAAGCAAAAUAGCAAAUCGGGAUUUUUAUUGUAUUUUGUAGGCACACUCGACUCAAUUUCCCGGAGCACUUGUCUGGGAAUCAGAAAUCAUUACAGUCCAGGGGAGUGGCCCAUUCACAGACAUUUACAAUACUCAGUCCAGCAGACACCAUACUUCUGUACCUGCCCCAGACCCUUACCACACUUUGGCCAGCACAUGCUUCUUUCUAUAAAAAUCAGGUGAUUAAAAUCAGGUAAUAAAAAUGAUUAUAACUACAAGUAGCUGCUCAGCUGAUAAUUGUAAACAAACAGACAAGAAUGUAUUUGACAACAAGAAACUUACUGAACCCAU